AUGAGGGCAACUGACACCGCUCUAGCCCGAUUCUAUGGUCUGCCAAAAAUCCAUAAAGCAAAUGUCCCACUUCGGCCAAUCGUUGCCCUUAAAGGCAGCCCCACCUACAAUUUGGCAAAGUGGAUGUACUCAAAACUGAAGUUCCUCCAAGGCAAUUCGACUACCUCAGUUCGAUCAGCCUCUCAAUUCCUCAUAGACCUCCGAGGUCGGAGAAUUCAAUCGGACGAAAUCAUGGUCUCCUUCGAUGUGACGUCAUUAUUCACAUCUAUCCCACCAAACGUGGCCCGCGAAGUCUUGCGCAAGAGACUUGAAGAGGCGUACGAUGAGACUCAGAAUGCCCUCAAAAUUGAACACCUCAUGAGGCUGUUUGAAUUCUGCCAACAAACCUUCUUCACUUUUGCGGGAGAGACCUAUGAACAAAUCAAGGGAACCCCAAUGGGCUCACCGGUCUCCGGUUUGGUGGCACAACUGGUCCUACAGGAGUUGGAAAAGAUUGCCUUCCUCCAACAUGAACCGGUGUUUUGGCGACGUUACGUUGACGACACGUUCGUCAUCGUAAAGAAGGACAUGCUGCAACAUUUUCACAGCCUGCUCAACGCAGUCUUCCCGGAUAUAAAAUUCACGAGAGAAGAAGAACAGGAGCAGCAGUUGCCCUUCCUGGAUGUGCUCGUCAGACGAAACCUUAACGGUGAACUUGAAACGACGGUUUAUAGGAAGGCAACGAACACCACACAGCUUCUCAGUUUUCACAGCAACCAUCCGGUGGCUCACAAACGAAGCUGUGUGAAGACGCUCUUCAAACGGAUCCAAACUCAUUGCAGCAAACUGGAAGAUAGAGCACGUGAGGCCCGUUAUCUCCGCGACCAGUUCGUGCAAAAUGGCUAUCCGAGGGCAUUCAUAAGUCGCUGCCUACGCGGUCGCCACCAGAGAACUCAAACAUCAACGCCACCGACGAUAUGGCAUUCUCUGCCAUACAUCAAGGGUGUUUCAGAAGCGACCGAGCGCAUUGCUGCGGAGUUGGAAUCGCACACCGCCCCAAAGCCACCAUGCGCAACAGGGUCAUGA